AAACCACCCGGCCGGCCAGCCCGAUCCCAUCCCCAACCGCGACUCCCCCUGGUCGGCCGUCUGCGCGGACUCGCAUCGCAUCCCACGCGCCGCCUCCUCCCUUCCUCCCCUCGCCUCUCCGGCGCCGGCGCGGCCGACCUAGGUAGGGUUCCGGCGAGAUGGGAGAGCGGAAGGUGCUGAACAAGUACUACCCGCCGGACUUUGACCCGUCGAAGAUCCCGCGGCGGCGGCAGCCCAAGAACCAGCAGAUCAAGGUGCGCAUGAUGCUCCCCAUGAGCAUCCGAUGCGCCACCUGUGGGACGUACAUCUACAAGGGCACCAAGUUCAACUCCCGCAAGGAGGACGUCGUCGGGGAGACAUACUUGGGAAUACAAAUAUUUAGGUUUUACUUCAAGUGCACUAGGUGCUCUGCUGAGAUUACCUUCAAAACAGAUCCUCAGAAUUCUGACUACACAGUGGAAUCAGGGGCUAGUCGCAAUUUUGAACCUUGGCGUGAAGAGGAUGAGGUAGCAGAUAAAGAAAAGAGGAAACGAGAUUCUGAGGAGAUGGGUGAUGCAAUGAAAGCGUUGGAGAAUAGAGCAAUGGAUUCAAAGCAAGAUAUGGACAUACUUGCUGCUUUAGAUGAGAUGCGCUCCAUGAAGUCUAGACAUGCUGGUGUAUCUGUUGACCAGAUGCUUGAAAUAUUGAAGCGUUCUGCUCAUGAGAAGGAGGAAAGAACAAUAGCAGAACUUGAUGAAGAAGAUGAAGAACUGAUCAAAUCAAUCACUUUUCGAAACUCCGGAAAUUAUGUAAAACGGAUAGAAAUUGACGACGACGAUGAUGAAGAUUUAGUUAUACCAGGCCAGUCGAGUACAACAGCAAAGACCGAUGAACCUUCCGAACCAGUGACAAAUCCAACAGACGUGUUAAGAAGUAAUGGAUCGGAGGGUGCCAAAAAAGAAGAGAGUAAGGGCUGGAUGCCCAAAUUUAUAGUGAAACCAAAGUCUACUAGUGCAGAUCAUCAUAAGAGACAGAAGACUGAAUCAACGGCUGUUGUAGACAAUACCAAAGCACCAGUUGUGGAGGAAAAGAGUGAAGCUGUGGAGCAAACCAAUGUUCUCCAGUCCCUCUGCCAGAAUUACGAUAGUGAUGAAAGUGAGUGAGGACAGCACCUCUUGAAGCCAUAGGUGCUGAUUGCCAACGCUGUAACAUGAUUGCACCAGAGGAUAUGUGACAUAAAAUUCAUCAAAUAAGUUGUGCUAACAUUGUAUAGCUCAAUUUGUAAUGAUGCCCAGUUAGGCUGUCCCUAAUCUCUGGCUGAUAACUACUCAACUGCGAUUAUUGACUGUUACAAAUCUAUGGCUGUUCACAGUCCAGAGUUCUUGUUAUUGGAUAUUUGCAGAGGUUGAAGUAUUUGUAAAAGUGACAGAUGCAGAUAGUUCAAGAA